UCUAACCUAGAACUUAUAUGACUCCAUCAUCCGCAUUCCGCAUUUUUGUAAAAAAGUAAGCGUCCUCAAGCGUUGCAACUGUUCCAUAUCCAAUUGUGAACAAGAGUCAAGCUAGCUGCAAGGCACCAGGUACUCCUCUUUUUCUUUACCGGAAGAUCUUCAGGGACAGUCUGCAUUGAGUCUGGAACUCGCAACAUUUCAAUAAAAGAGUCAACCAUCCCAUCGCCAGAGUCAGAAACUCGUUUUUUUUUUUUCUUUUACAGAUAUUCUCUGACCUUCGUGAUACUCAUCCAACUACCAGCUUUAUAAGCUAUUCGGCUUUGCCAUACCACACUUGUAGCUAAGCCUUGCUGCUGCACCACUACUCGCUACUAUACACAAUAUUACCUCACUCUUUUCUUUCUUUCACUCGCAUCGUCCUCCUCAAUUCUGAAAGGCAGAGUAGCCUUACUUUCAACACUUCAAAUAUAACCCCUAUUUCGGUAAACAUGAGAGGCCUACACCGAUCAUCACUCUUUCACAUCAAGUCGAAAAGCAGCCUUCGAGGCCGGGACAACAACACUGGGGAGGGACACACCAGUUCACACGCUCGACAGUGGAGCACUUCCAGUAGCUCGAGUACUGCAUCUCACACUUCGACAACGACUUCACCGGAUAAACUAUACGAUCCGCUAUCAUUGCACCCCCCUUUACGGCUCAACUUUUCGCCACACAUCAUCUCCGAGCAGGAAGAUGAACAGGUUCGGGAGCAGGACGAGCGGGAGAGUCGGUUCUUUAACCAGACACGACACGCCGUGGACCAUAUGCAAGACGAGGCCGCCUACUCACCCAUCAAGGGCCAUAACUGUUUUUUCAUGAGGCCUAGUGACAAACCGAACGAUGACGAUCGAAAUACACAGUGGCCUCUGAAAGAUUGGCAGACAAUCUCGUCAGGUUUAGCCGAGCUGGAUUCCUCGGUCACCUCCUCUCCUCCUCAGUCACCCACGUCUCCAGGUACCCACCGUAGACGACCUACGGGUUGGAUGAAUGACCAUGAUAACAUGCUCAAACGUGGAGAUUGGAAGCGAAGAGGCAUAGUAUUCCAUCUUGGUUCUAACGACGAGGGAGAUCAGGAACAGCAUUUUGAGCUACCCGAAUAGGCUCAUCUUCACACAUCUUCACACAUCACACAUCUUCAUCAAAUCUAUAUUAUCAUUACAUUCGAACAUGUUUUAAUAUACAAGAAUAUUUAUUUAGUACUACGCACAAGUACUUAGCAGUUUUUCAUUACACUUUACGACGUUUACGGGAUACACGGAUUAUGACUUUGGGGGGAAGCUUGAGGAGUGGGCGGAUAGCUCGGUAAUAUCACCUUGAGCAUUGCCUAGGUAUCUUCACACCCCCGAUUCACCUAUAUUUUCUUGUACAACACAUACACCCCGGGCAUUUGGUAAUACUCAGGAUUGUAUACUAGGGUAUGAGUAUUGGGAGAAGGAUCCUGGGAAUGGAAUUGAUACCACAUGGCGUUUUUCCUUUUUCAAUUUUGUACCAUUAGAAAGCAUCUUUUUCAAAUCAGAUAUCAAAAGAAAACUUUCAUCAGAUAAAA